CACGUGUGGGAGUACAGGUCUACAGGGUACUCUGCUCUCUCUUCCCCCUUCCCCUUUCAUUCGCAUCUCCACCGCUGCCCCUCCAGCCGCCCGCCCGUCGCCUCUCCCAUCACCCGCCGCCUUACACACCCUACGAAGAUUCCGUGCCUCCGGUGGAGCUCCUCCCCGACGGCGUUGCUCCUCCACGCGGCACUACCCGUGGCCUGUCCCGACGGCCCUCUUCCUCGAGGCAGCACCGGCCGCCGUCUGAACGACUGCACCCCCACCGACGAAGGCGCCCUCGUCGACGAGGCACCACCCGCCACCUGCAUCCCUCCACCGGCCACCCACCCCGCUCCAGUCGCCGGGCCGGUCGACCUCGUUCACUCGCCGGAUCUGCAGAGAUUUUGAGUCCACCGCAACAUCAGCGACCCGAGGGAAGUUCAGAGGCGAGAACCUGGAUCUGCGGGUAGGAAAUGGCAGCUGCGACGUAGCGCGAGAUGACAACGACGCGGAUUUCGCCCAGGCUAUACGCGACGGAGUUCACCUACGCUACGCCCGUCCGGCUGCUUAUAUUCCACGCAACAGAGUCUAGUCCUUGACUCCUAGUCGGAACCAGAGCUGGAAGGGGAGCCUGUGUAUAUAUAUAUAUGUGACGAAGCGAAGCGGGGACAGAUACAACUCUUCACAGCUUCCUCGCCCUCGUCUGUAGAAGAAGAUGGCGAUGGCGCUGGCAAACAACCUCUGGCUCGGGGUCUCCCUUGGCAUCUGCCUCUGCGAGACAAGCAUAAUGACGGCGGUGAUCCAGUGGCUUUGGUUUGCCCUUUUCCUGGCUUACAUUAGGCCAAACAAGAAGGUGAAGGUGGUCCUGCUCCAAUUGUUCUGGCUCACCGUCGCCCUCGGACUCCCCCUCGUUGGGCCAAGCAUGAAGGUGACGAUGCUCCAGUGGCUCUGGUUCUUCCUUGGCUUCGCCCUCAGUCCGCCAAGCGAGAAGGCGGCGAUGGAAGCCCGACUCGGUCAGAUGCUUGAAUACACUGCAGGGCGACUUGGUCAGAUGCUUGAAUACACUGCAGCACGACUCGGUCAGAUGCUUGAAUACACGCCUCCAAGGAAGGCAUCGCCUUGGCCAGACCUCCCACCAGAGUUGUUGGGACUUGUGCUCCUGCGCAUGACGUCCCGGGCUGACCGUGUCCGCAUCUGUGCGGUCUGCCGCACGUGGCGCUCCGGCGCGCGGCUGCAGAUGCUGCCCCCACUGCUUCCCUGGGUUGCUCAACGUGACGGCACCUUCCUCAGUCUCCCCGAUGGCGCCAUCCACCGCACGCCCGUCCCUGACUACGACCGCGUCUUGUACCGUGUGUCAACUGGUAGCAUGCUUUUCCUGGUGGACCGCCAGGGCGGCUGUGUCCUCAUGAACCCUUCCUCUGGGAAGGCGACACCUCUACAGAUCAACCUGGAUUAUCUCGAGCUAAGGUACGAAUGGGACAUCCGCAAGGUGGUGGUGUCCGACAGUCUGCACCUUGUUGCCGUCCUGACCAUUGGCAAGACCAACGGCAAGAACGUCACUAUUUAUGUUUGCGGGCCUCAAGGGACCACAGCCAUGGAGUGGGGGCCGCCUGUGAACAGCCGCACCUUCGAUAUUGCAAUCUUUCAUGGGAAGCUCUACAUCCUCACGAGAGAAAAUUAUGGUACACCGGAGGUCUGUAAUGCUUAUGGUCUACCGGAGCUCCAUGUCCUAGAAGUCGGGAACAUGAGCAUCAAGUCUGUCAAAUGCAUAAGGAGCACUCAUAGAGAUUAUGACGCAACACACUUCGUCUUCUACCUCGUCCCCUCUAGAGAUCAGCUGUUGAUGGUGGGACGGAUUGUUGAUCCGAACCCCAUGAAUACACCCAUGCCAUCUCGGUGCUUCAAGGUCUUCCAGGCAGCUGGCCUGAGCAGUGGCCAUGGGUGGUGGAGCAAGGUCCAUACACUGAUGGGGCAUGCUCUUUUCCUCAGCCGAGGCUGUUCUCGCUCGCUUGCUGUUGGUGGCCAGUCUGUCAGUGGGGGAGUUCAAGAAGAUUGCAUGUACUUCAUGAGCGAGCUUGGUGGGGUCACCUUUGUUGAGGUUGACCUUCUCAAUUCCUGUGUGUACGACAUGAGUAAUCAGACAGUGGCAUACCUGCCGUUGGAGACGCAACCUCUGUCACAUCAAACAGGCGGAUGGUUUCCGACUUGGCUUUUUCCAGCUGAAGUUUGAGUUUAAGUUGAAUUUAGAUUAGAUUUUUGGUUCUAAUGGUUUAGCGGAAAUUUGGCCACCCAUGUACUGUAACUUUAUCGUGAGCAUGUGUUAUUGAUGCCUCUACUGGUCAAAGUUUGAGUGCAAUAGGGUAGAAAAGGGGUGCAGUGUUCCUCAUGUGUUGCCAAAGCACCUAAGUUAUUGUAAAGACUAUGUUUCUUGAUUAAUAAAGAACUGAACCAGGCCAUCAUUUCUGCCCUGGUUUUCUCUCUAA